AUGUCGGCCGACCUAUUGGCGCCUGAGACAAGAGUCCUCGCUGUUGCGAGCCAUGUAGUUUAUGGUCAUGUCGGGAACAAAAUGGCAACGCUCGUCAUGCAGUCCCUUGGCUGUGAUGUGGCUACUUUGAAUACCGUCCAAUUCAGUAACCAUACCGGUUACAGGCAGUUCAAAGGAACCAGAGCAACAGCCGAUGAGAUCUCUGCCCUAUAUGAAGGCCUAUGUCAGAGUUAUCUAACCGACUUUGACGUCAUGCUAUCGGGGUAUGCCCCUAGUGCCGCUGCCGUCGAGGCUGUAGGUGCUAUCGGACAGGAUCUACAGCGCAAGGCCGAAAAGAAGCCCGGUUCUUUCUUCUGGGUUUUGGAUCCCGUCAUGGGAGACCAGGGUCGUUUAUACGUCAACGACGAUGUAGUUCCGGCGUAUAAGAAGACCAUCCACCAUGCGGAUCUGAUUCUUCCCAACCAAUUCGAAGCUGAAAUCCUGUCCGGCAUCAAAAUCACCUCCCUCAGCACCCUUGCGGAAGCCAUCACUGCCAUUCACGCUACCUACAAUGUUCCCCAUGUAAUCAUCACCUCCGUUCAACUGUCCAAGCUUCCCGGAUCUCCCUCAGCGGAAUCGGCACCCGCUCCUAAUGACCUGACCAUCAUUGGCUCUACUACGCGAUCCGACGGUUCCCCGCGACUAUUCAGAGUGGAUGUCCCCGCGCUAGAUUGCGUCUUUCGCGGUACGGGCGAUAUGUUUGCGGCUUUAACAGUCGCCCGACUCCGCGAAGCAGUCUUCGCCGCCGACUCGCAAUUGCAAAAAACCAAGUCCUGGAUCUCACCGGAUGACGUGAAGGCCACGGACCUGCCUCUCGCACAGGCCACUGUCAAAGUCCUGGCGAGCAUGCACACCGUGCUGGAGAAGACCAUGGAGGGGCGCGAUGCCGAAUUGCGCUCCGCUGUCACCCAAGGUGACGAGCAGCUCACUGUGGAAGAGAGGCAGAAACGGGAGCAUCUCCGGAAGACCAAAGCCGCGGAGGUGCGGCUGGUACGCAACGCGCGAUUCCUGCGUGAUCCCGUAGUCGAGUUCCGAGCACAGGAAUGGAGAACAGAAAAUUUUCCGCCUCAGCUUCGGUAA